AUGAAGACGUCACCGCUACACGCUGCGGCAUCGACUGCCCUGAUCAUUUUACCUGGUAGCGCAUCUCUACUUUUCGUAAGAGAAGAUACAACCUUGCAAUACGACUUCACGAAUCGAGCGAAACGCUGGACUGGAAACCUUGUUACACAAGCUUGUGAGGACAAAGCCACACCCCAAGACACACAACUGACUGAGAACAGCACAUGUGCGUCUCUAGUUGUACCGCUCGACUACUCCGACGCCUCUGCUGGCAACACCACUCUAGCCAUUAUCAAGAAGCCUUCUCAAGCAGAGCCACCAGGUCAUUCUUGA